GAUCUUUCUUUUUGCCUUUUCAGAGCCGCGUGCACUCUGCUCGCCUUUUUUUCUAGGGUUUUGUCUGCUCUUCGAGCUCUAAUGUCGCUGCUCAUCGCUCGCUUGCGAGAGACCAGCUUCUUCCGCAUUUCUUUUUUAUUACUUCGUACAAAAAUGGAGGAAUAAUAAUAGAUUAAUUUUUCAGAUGGUUGUUGUCCGUCUUCGAACUUAGCCACGACGGUAACAAUUCGAUUUUGUUUGGACAACGAUAAUGGCAGCGUGGUUGGUUGGGUAUUUACACCAUUUCAAGUUCAGUUUAAUUUUCUAUCGAAAACUAUAUUUGUAAUUAUAGAUUUGGAUCUUGGAUGUCGUUCUUAGGAGAGGUGGAUAGAGCUGGAGAACAAUACAGCUUCAUCCCAGCUUAUCAGGCCGGGGCUUCAACGGAAAGUAGAGAAUGUGAGAUGAAGGCUCUUAGUCAAAAUUCUCAAAGCGUAGCCUCCUCUUUUUUUCCCACUUCAGAAAGUUCUUUUUUAAGGUAUGGAAUUAAGUUUUCUUAUAAAAAAUUCUUACAGUUUGUGGUUGUGAUACUAUGUUCCUACCGUUGUGACCCGAAAAUAGUUUCACAAGACCAAUAGGAGUCAUGUUCCAUCUAAUGCAGUAGAGAGGUUUUGGGCAGGGGGCAUAUGUGGGGCAUAUCAUAAUCUUUCUCCAGCAGAUUAGUGAUGUUUUGGCUCAAGGAUGGUUGAGGUUUUUAUGCUCUUAAGAAGUUAAAGAAGCUGUUGUGCAGCAGAGAAUAAAAAAAGAUGAUGGAAAAUAAUGAAGAAGUAGCAGGAAAAGGAGAGGUCAAGAGGAAUUAUGAUUGUGCCUCUCUUCAAUUUGACAUGCAUAGUUGCUUGAAAGCGUUGAAGGAGGGAUCUGCACUUUUCUAGAGGCAAAUAAGUAAUUCGGUUUCUAGGCAUCUCAUGUAAGAGAUUUAACUUCCUUCAUAUUAAGAAGACUAGAAGAGAUUUAACUUCCUCCAUAUUAAGUAAUUCGGUUUCUGUGCCACACGUAUGAAUCUAAAAACACUUCAUUCUCAUGGAAACAUGAUUUCAAUCUAAAUGAGCACCAGGUGUUUGGCUUGAAUUGUAACAUAUUUAAUUAAAAGUAAUGGCUAUUGUUACAGUUGGUUUUGCUGAUUUUUCUUAUUGGAAGUUUCAGGUUAACAACUAAAAGAGAUGAAAAGAGUGUUUUCUCUGUUGAUUUUUCAGAAAUGUUUCAUUUAGACAUUAUAUAAAAAGGUACUUCAUCUGUGGUACUAAUUUAAAGAUAUUAUUUUCUUAGCAUUUUCAUGUUCAAUAUAUGCUCCCUUUACAUAUUGUCAUAGGCUGGAAGUUUUCAUUUUAGGCUUUUUAGCUAUCUUAAGUAAAGAAUACUUUGAAAAUCAUUUUUUGCCAUAAUGAUUUAUUGAGUUGUAGUGUGUAUCAAAUUGGCAAUAAGCCUAUGGGUGCGCUACUAUAUCCACUCCAUUUGGUCCUGAUUUGAGUUCUCAUUCCAGGAAGAAAGAAAAGGAAAAGCCAUUCAAUGUGCACAGUGCAGAAAAUAGCUAUUUUUAAAUUAAUAAAACAGUUGUCGUAAUGUAACUUGGCAACAGUUCAAAACCUGGAGCUGGCAAAAGACAUGUACCUUGCUCAGCCAGCUAACAAUUUACAAGGGAUGAUAAUUGUGAAUGGGGGAGAGAUGGGUUAUGGUUAAACAACUUGCAUCACCAGAAACAAAUAUACUUCUAUUUCUGUAGAUCAAUCUUGGAUAAACAAAACAAGUACUUUUGU